AAAAAAAAAAAAAAAAAGGAAUGUCCCCCUUCUCUCAGCUGGCCCCCUAGAAACUGAAAUCGGCCGUUUCUUUUGCAUCUCGUGGUUUGUUUUAGUAUUUUUCUUCUGACCCACCCCUCACACAACCACCACGGCGGGCGGCCGGCCAAAAUAAAAAAUUCUCUUGGUUUUCGACGUGGGAUUUUAUUUUUUGGGAAGCGAAAUUUUUUCCUUUCGCCCUCCCCUUUUCUUUCUCUCUUCUUUUUUUUCUUUUGUCUUUUCAUAUCAAAUCAAUAUGGGUUUAAGUACUGAAAAUAGACAACGCGCCGCUGUUAUCAUUAAAGAGCUUGGUAGAAACUUUAGCGAACUCCUUGAACUUGUCAUACUGGGUAAUCAACCGAAUGAUCUUUCAGGUGAUAAAAAGUCAGCUGCCUCCCACGGCAAGACCGCCGCUGCAGCAUCAGCCGCCAACCCCACCAGCCCCAGCAGCCAUUCUAUGAAACAAAGCGCUCAACGUAACCAGCCUGCAAAGAAGAAGGAUCCUAAUGCUCCUAAACGUAAUCUUAGCAGCUACAUGCUAUUCUCACAAUCGAUUCGUCCUCAAAUUGUACGAGAAAAUCCUGAAUUGUCGGCAAUUGACACGGCUAGAUUGAUUGGUGAAAAGUGGAACGCAUUGAGCGAUAAGGAAAAGAAACCUUUUGUUGAAAAAGCUGCACAAGAAAAGGCUCGAUUCGAUAAUGAGAUGAAAUUGUACAAUGACGGUUUGUCUUCCCCUACCACCACCGCCGCCGCUGGAGAGAGCCCAAGCCCCAAGACCACCACUGCCCCUUCUGCUGCUGCUCCUGCUGCUCCUGCCAAAAAUAUGACUGCUUCUAAGCCCGUAAAAGGAGAAGAGAGCAAUAAAGAAAACAAGACCUCCUCCAAAUCAUCAAGCUCGUCUGAUGUGCCCAAGCGUAAGCAUACCUCGGCCGACAGUGGUAGCAGUAAGAAAAAGUCAAAGAAACAUAGCUCCAGUAAACAUUAAAGGUGACAUCUUUUGUCUGUACAAAUCAACCAUGAUGUAUGCGAUGAUAGAUUUCUUUUUACUUUAUAAUAAUUGAGUCUAUUCUUUAUAUCUUUAAUGCAACAACAUUCCAUUGUUUCAAUCCACUUCUUUUUGUAUAGUCUCUUUGUUCCCUUUUUUUUCAUUUUUUUCCUUCUUUCCCUGCAUAAUAAAUUUAUUUCCAUACCUGCGUUUA